AUGUCUGUAACCUUACAUUUAAGAGCGGAAACCAAACCGUUAGAAAGAAGAACUGCUUUAACCCCAAGUAAUGCCAAACUGUUGAUUGCUGAUGGUUUUACGAUUUAUGUAGAAAAUUCUCUGCAAUCAGCUUUUGAAACUAGAGAGUAUGCCGAUAUUGGUGCUAUUAUUGUGCCAGAAGGUUCAUGGAAAGAAGCUCCAAGAGAUCGAAUCAUAUUUGGACUCAAAGAACUUCCAGAAACAGAAACAUUUCCAUUAGUUCACGAACAUAUCCUUUUUGGGCAUUGUUAUAAGAAUCAAAUUGGAUGGAAAGACGUUCUUGGAAGAUUCCCCGACGGAGACGGUACGUUGUAUGAUAUCGAGUUCUUAGAAAAUGAACAAGGUAGAAGAGUUGCAGCCUUUGGAUUUUAUGCUGGGUUCGGGGGUGCAGCUCUUGGUGUUAAAGACUGGGCUUAUAAAGUUGUAAACGAUGAUGAAGGUAAUCUUCCUGGAGUCAGUGCAUACCAGGAGGAGGCAGUAUUGACCUCUGAAAUAAGAGGGGAGCUAGCUCAAGCCUUAAAAAAGACCAAUGGAGAGUACCCAAAGUGUCUCGUUAUCGGGGCUCUUGGUAGAUGUGGAUCUGGAGCAAUUGACUUGCUUCAAAAAGUAGGUAUUCCCGAUUCUCAUAUAAUUAGAUGGGAUAUGAAUGAGACCGCCAAAGGGGGUCCAUUCAAGGAAAUAGUUGAGGCAGAUAUCUUCAUAAAUUGUAUAUAUUUGACUUCUACCAUCCCACCGUUUGUCACGUACGAAAGUCUUAAUGUUCCCGGUAGAAGAUUGCGUACAAUUGUGGAUGUAUCUGCAGAUAUCACCAAUAUUCACAAUCCAAUUCCAGUAUACGAUGUUGCUACCACCUUUCCAAAUCCAACGGUUGAUGUGCCAACUUCGAAUGGGCCCAAAUUGUCUGUUUGUGCUAUAGACCAUUUCCCAUCGUUAUUGCCCAGGGAAGCCUCCGAGGCAUUCGGCAAAGAUUUGUUACCUUCUUUGAGACAGUUGCCGGAAAGAGAGAGUGCACCAGUAUGGGCCAAAGCCAAAAGUUUGUACGAGAAGCACAUUACCAGGUUGUAG